UCAAUCGUCUUUUCCCUCGCAAUCGAUCCUUUGUGCUCCCCAGCAACUACUCUUGCUUUCAAGGUUGAGCACUUCUUUCACUUCAUUGCAUUCACCAUCAUCAGUCUCGAACAAGAUCGAUAGCAAGAAUAGGUGAGAAGUCAUGCUCAGCAAUACCACCAACGGUUUGGAAGAUUCUGUCAACGGCCAGAAGAAUGUCUACACCAACACUGAAGCUUCAACAUCAGACGAACGAAUCAUUACUCCACCUGUAAGAGCAAAUCGCGGAAGAAAGCAUAGUCUGAUCACAAACGAUCCGAAGAAUGCAUUACCGCAAUUAACCUUUCUCGUCAUGGCAGACAAUGACAAUGCAAACGAAGGUUCAAGUUCAGAAGCAAGUACACAUUGUGAUUCACCAAUCACAACCUUUCAAGCUUCACCUCUUUUCAGCUUUCAUUCCGUUGAAGAAGAAGGUGAACAUUCCGUUCAAUCAUCUUCAAUGCAUCACACAUUGGAAGAUUUGGAUUCUUCGGUAAGCUCGUUAAAUUCGCUUUCACGUUCAAGUACAGGUUCAGAACAAAGUGUUUCUUCGGAAUGCUUUUCUUUGAAUUGCAGCACCACCACUUCUUCUUCAUCCAGCACAUCACUGGCCAUACUUUCGAAACAAAAGUAUGAUUGUGAAGCUGCAUGGAAAUUACGAAGCGCUUUACGCGAUGACGCAAGCAAGAUCUUUCAAGCAACAUGGCAAGAAGCUGAAAGGCAAAAGCCAAUCUUGAAAAAGUUGGCAGGAUCACUCAAAUCAAUGUUAGUGUGAUUGUAACGCAAAGCAAGUUCCUCACUCAAUCAAAACAAGGAGCAGGAUCUUUUCUCUCUCAAAUAUUAUUUCUCUUAUCUGUCUAUAUGGUUUCGCAUUCUUCCUGUCCCCGUGUCCUUCCGCUUGGUAACAUUGUCACCGUCCGGGCUGGACCCAAGUUUAGCUUUUUGAAAGUCAAGGCAUACU